UUCCUACUAGUAACUGUUUCACAUUUUUCACUGUCUACUUGUAUCAUAAAUCUACAAGGACCCCAUUUCUCUGCUCAUUAUUCCAACUUUCAACUCCCCUCAUCCUUUAUCUCUUUCCAUUUCAUACAAAUCAUCACAGACUGCACUUACUCUGUUUUCGUAUUCUGCCUCUGUUUGAUCUCUUCUUCUACAGCCAAAUGAAGAUCCAGUGCGACGUCUGUAAUAAAGAAGAAGCCGCCGUUUUCUGCCCUGCAGACGAGGCUGCCCUGUGUGAUGCCUGUGACCACCGUGUCCAUCAUGCCAACAAACUCGCUGGAAAACACCAGCGGUUCUCUCUUCUUCAACCUUCUUCGAAACAAUUCCCCAUCUGUGACAUUUGUCAGGAAAAGAGGGCUUUCUUGUUUUGUCAACAAGAUAGAGCAAUACUGUGCAAAGAUUGUGAUAUCUCAAUUCACAAAGCGAAUGAGCAUACUAAGAAUCAUAGCAGAUUUCUACUUACCGGGGUCAAGCUUUCUGCAACAUCUGACAUUUAUCCAUCACCAUCUUCUUCCUCAGUCACUAACAAGGGCGAUACUGUUACUAGUUUUAAAAAGUCCGGAAACUUGAUCACCAAAUCCCAUCCCAUCACCUCUCCGUUGACUGAUUCAAAAGCUAGCAAGAUUGCUAAUUCUCAACCCAUCGUGAAUGGAGAUGGACCCACAAGCAGCAUAUCGGAGUACUUGGAGAUGUUGCCAGGAUGGCAUGUUGAAGACUUUCUAGAUUCUUCGUCAGCCAUUAAUGGUUUCUCUAAGACCAGCGACAAUGAUUUGCUGCCCUUCUGGGAUGAUGAUGUAGAUAAAAACUUGAAGUAUUUCUCAUCCGAAAAUACAGGGAUUUGGGUCCCUCAAGCUCCACCACCACAACAACAACCUCAUUUCGACCAUUCUUCAAACAUGGCCUUUGGUAGUCAGAUCUGUUUCAAGGACCCAAAGGACACUACUACAAAUAUCAGAUAUAGCAAAAGAUGGAUAGACGACGGAGGCUUCACUGUACCUCAGAUCAGUCCAUCUAUCUCCUCCAAAAGAUCAAGAACUUUAUGGUAGUGGUCUAAGUCAGACCUAAAUGUUUCUGGCAUUCUGCUCUAGCAUUAUUUUUAAUUUUCUUGUUUCCUUAAGAUUUUGUUUAGCUAAUAGAAUAUACUAUAAGUUCAUAGUAUGUGUGACUGUUCAGAUGAAAUUUAAGCUCUUAUCCGUUUAUGUGUCCGGUUCCAUGCAUUUGGCAAGCAGCAAGCCAUAUUUUCGUUCUGUACAUACCAAAUUUUUAUUGCACAAUCCCACCCAUGAAAUGGUAGGACAUGGCAAUCCAAUUUGGAUAUAGUACAAACGGUGGAAAAGUUUGAUAUGAAGUGACAGGAGUCGGAAACGAUAAUCCCCUUUAGGUAUUUUCUUUAAGGUAAGAAGACGGUGAACACAAAUGCCUUCUAGGGAUUUAACAGUGCAGAGAGGAAGAAGAAGAAGAAGAAGAAGAAGAAGAAGAAGAAGAUAAGGGCCAGAUCUGCCAGAAAAAGGGAAAUGGUGGAACAAGUCAUCUUUAGUUUAAUUCAUCAAAUUGGCUUCAGAGGGGACUUGUAUUUCAGUUAUUGUUGUAAUUUAGAUCUGGGAAAGUUUGUACAUAUUUUUGGUAUUCUUUUCUGCACAAUACUUCGGUUACUUCCGUCCUUGAGUGGGGGUCAAAAUAUAAGUUGUCUUAGAUUGACUUUUAAA